AUAUAAUCUUGCUUAUAUGUAUGAAAAUGGAAAAGGAGUUGAAAAGAAUAUAAAUCAAGCAAUUUAUUGGUAUAAAAAAUCUGCUGAACAAGGUUAUCAAGAUGCCUUAUAUGAAUUAAAUGAAUUAAAUGAAUUAAAUGAUGAAUUAAAUGAAUUAUAUGAAUUAGAUGAAUUAUAUGAGUCAGACGGAUUAUAUGAAUUAGAUGAAUUAGUACAUGAAUUAAAUGAAUUAGAUGUAUUAAAUGAAUUAGAUGUAUUGGAUGAAUUAGAUGUAUUGUAUUUUUAAAUAAUUAUUUAAACAUAUUAAGCUAUAAAUUAUAUAUGUAUU